AAGGCAAAAGGCAGCUCGCUCAAGUUCGCCGAAGCGCCGUUCCUUAAUAAUGCUCUGUGAAUGCGGCUCGAGCUGCGGUGUUUCAUUUUCUUCCCCCAGCCUGGUGCGCCGAUCGCCUCUCCUUGUGGCUGGCUGGGUACUCCCGCACUGUGUGCUUGUUGUACUCUCUCUCUCUCUCUCUCUCUCUCUUCCUUUCUCUCUCUCUCUCUCCCCCCUCCCUUUCUCUCUCUCUCUCUCUCUCUCUUACACUGCCAGCCCCUGAUGUGAUGGCGAAGAAACCCCGUUGACAAGGCACUGCUUUUUCAUGACGUUGUCAUGGAUGAUGACGAUGAUGAAUCCUGUCUCUUUGAUCUUAUUGGAGAUGCACAGGCGCUGAAUUAUUUCCUCCAUGGAGCAGGCAGUAAACCUAACAGUGAAGACUUAGGAUAUUCUGCAGCCAACUCAAAUUCCAUAUUCGCCAAUAUCAGUAGUUCUGAUCCUAAGUCAUCAAUCAAAGGUGUUGGUAGUCAGCUUGGAGAAGGGCCUAGUGAUGGACUGCAGUUGCCAAGUAGCCUUCAGUUUCUUGAUGAUGAACUUGAAUCUUCUUCGUUGCCUGAUCUUAGUGAAGAUCAGCCUUUUGAUAUCCUCCAGAAAUCUUUGCAGGAAGCUAAUAUUACUGAACAGACUUUGGCAGAAGAGGCUUACCUGGAUGCCAACAUAGGCCCCAACCAACAGUUUGCACAAGCUCAGCUACAUCCUUCCUCAUCAGCAUCUUUUACUCAGGCUUCUAAUGUUUCUAGUUACUCAGGUCAGACGCUGCAACCUAUAGGAGUUACUCAAGUGGUACAGCAACCAGUUGGAGCAUCUUUUGCAAGCAAUACAGUUGGUGUGCAACAUGGCUUUAUGCAACAUGUGGGGAUCAGUGUUCCUAGCCAGCAUUUGUCAAACAGUAGUCAAAUUGGUGGUUCUGGACAGAUACAAUUAAUUGGUUCAUUUAGUAACCAACCUUCUAUGAUGACCAUCAAUAAUCUUGAAGGGUCUCAUAUUAUUUUGAAGGGUGGUGGGCAGCAAGCACCUGGAAACAUGAGUGGUGGACUCUUGGUUCAUAGACAAACACCUAAUGGUAACUCAUUGUUUGGCAACUCAAAUUCCAGUCCAGUAGCACAACCUGUAACUGUUCCAUUUAAUAGUACAAAUUUUCAGACAUCUUUGCCUGUGCAUAACAUCAUUAUACAGAGAGGUCUUGCUCCAAAUUCUAACAAGGUUCCCAUCAAUAUCCAGCCAAAGCCUAUUCAGAUGGGACAGCAAACUACCUACAAUGUGAAUAGCUUGGGAAUACAGCAGCAUCAUGUACAACAAGGGAUUCCUUUUGCUUCAUCAAACUCACCUCAGAAUUCAGUAGUUGGUCCACAUAUGUCUGUUAAUAUUGUUAGUCAUCAAAAUGCAAGAAAAGCAGUUACCUCUCAAGCCGUAAGUAAUGCCAGUGGUAGUAUUGUGAUCCAUUCUCCUAUGGGACAGCCUCAUGCACCUCAGAAUCAGUUUCUUAUACCCACAAGUCUGUCAGUAAAUCCUAAUUCGGUUCACCAUGUCCAGACCAUAAAUGGACAACUUCUUCAAAAUCAGCCUUCCCAGCUUGUUUCUGGCCAAGUAUCCACUGAGCAUGUUAUGCUAAACAGGAAUUCUACGAACAUGCUUAGAACUAACCAGUCAUAUUCAGGACAGAUGCUGAAUAAUCAGAACACUGCUGUACAGCUAGUUUCUGGUCAGACAUUUGCAGCUCCUGGAAGCCAAGUUAUAGUGAACCAUGGGACUUCUCAAAUUGUUAGUGGCCAGGUUCCACUACAACAGGGAUCGUCUGCUGUGUUGCAUUUAUCCCCCAGCCAAGGAAACAUUUCCCAAGGUAGAACAGGCUUUACCACAAUGUCUCCUGGACAGUCAACAGGUUCGAGUAUAUCAUCAAGCAACCGGUUUACAGUUGUAAGUUCUGCUACAGUGCAUCCCAACAUUGGUCCAUCAGCACAGACUGUUGCUUCAGGAGGAAAUUUUGCUGGAGAUCAACUUACACAGCAAAACAGAACACAAUUGUCUGUCACUGUCUCACAUCGUCUUCCAGUUUCUUCUUCCAAAUCAGUCAACACCUUUAGUCACACAUCGGCAACCCAGCCCCAGUUUUCCUUUGGCCAGACUCAAAAAAAAGUUACAAAUAUGGUGUCUUCAGUUUCAACAUCAAAGUCACAGGAUAAUCUAAGACCAAGUCUUUUAGGACAAGAUACCGGGGGCAAAAUCAUACAGCAGCCUAUAGGCACAGCACUGACACACCAAGAAAAAGCAGUAGGAUCAUCUUCUGCCCAAACAAAUGUACAGGUCGAUGGCCAUACAAUUGGACAAAAGAGGCCUGCUGCUAAACAACUAACAAAAGGAGCCUUUAUUCUGCAGCAGCUACAGAAGGACCAGGCACAUGCUGUGACUCCUGAUAAAACUCAGUUCAGAUCUUUAAAUGAUGCAGUCCAGAGACUCCUCUCAUAUCAUGUGUGCCAGGGAUCGCUGCCAACAGAAGAGGAUUUAAGAAAAGUGGAUAAUGAAUUUGAAUCUGUAGCCACACAGCUCCUGAAAAGAACACAGGCUAUGUUAAAUAAAUACAGAUGUCUGCUCUUGGAGGAUGCUAUGAGGAUAAAUCCUUCUGCAGAAAUGGUAAUGAUUGACAGGAUGUUUAACCAGGAAGAAAGGCAAACUCUUUCCCGGGAUAAACGCCUUGCAAUAGUAGAUCCUGAUGGUUUUCUAGCAGACUUUUGUUGUCCAUCCACACAAAUUGACAAGAUCGCUGAUGAAACACAGCCGGCUGAAAGUGAUCAUCAAUCUAACAAAUCUUCAACGUCUCAAAACCAGAUUGCUAAUACCCAAAUUAAAGACAGAUCAAGUUCAAGCACAGCAGAGUCUUUAAAUCACAACAAACUUCAAGUAGUGCCUAACAAUAUUAUGAGUUCACAACAAGGAAACAGUUCUAUUAAAAAAUCAGAAAGCCUCGCAAAAGCUUUAAAAUUUGAGAAAACAAGCUCCUCUCCUGAAAGCCAACAUAUGGCUGAUUCAGAACAAAAAAUCGCUGGCAAAAAUCCAGGAAAGUCAAAUGAAAACUCGUUAAGUUCUGAAGAUCAUUCGUCAAAAACCUUAUCAAGUGUAGAUCAUGGUACGCAUAAUAAAACAUGUCGGAACACAGUUGAUUCUCACCCAGAGACAACAUAUAAUCAUUCCCUCCAAGACAAAACUCCUCGGAGUUCUCCAAAGAAUGAGGAUUUGCAUCCAGACAAUUUGAAAGGUUCUGGGGAACCCCAAAAGGAUUUGCUGCUCAAUAAGAGUUUAGAGACUACAUUCAAAAACAUAUUGGAACUGAAAAAGACUGGGAGGCAGCCACAAAGCGAAGCAACUGGCAGUGGCUCCUUAGAAUUAGAAUAUCCAAACUUUUCACUUAUUUCUUCACAAGAAAACUGCCUGGAGAAAUUUAUUCCAGACCACAGUGAAGGUGUAGAAACAGACUCUCUUUUAGAAGCUGCUGUAAAUAGUAUCUUAGAGUGUUAAUAGUUACAGUACCAUGGACAUAUUUCUCUUAGAAGUAAAUGUGAAUGACACCACAAGAACAGCCUGACAAAUGUCAAAGGAUACCCUUUCUAAAGUAGAUUCUGUUUUGUGUUUGAAAGCAAUACUCAUUGUGGUUACAGUGAGGUGUUCAGUAAUGUAAACCCUUGAGAGAAAGCUGUCUGGUAGGGCCUACACAUUAUGAUACAGCUUUGCUGAUUGUUUUAACAUUGCAGUUUAAUGAAACUGCAGUUCACUAGGCCCUAAAUUAACAAGGUAAUAUACUGACAAUCACAGUCUAGUAACAGGUUUCUUAAAUAAAAUGUUAAGAAUGUUGCAUUUAAUAGGAAAAGAUCCAUUGCCUCCGCCCACUAUCACUUGAUUUUGUGAUUUAAUAUUUGGGGCUAAAAAAAAAUCCCCAGUACCUCUAUUCAGAAAUGCCUGUCUCUUGAGGUUUGGAACAAAGAGAGGGG